AUUAUUUAUAGUUGUUAAAGUGUUAAUCGCAGUAACUAAUAGUGUAUUUAAUGUAAUUGUAGUGAAAAUAGUUUUUUCGAUAAAAAAGGCAAAAUUCAAGCAUUAUGUUAAACAGCUGUUGUUAAUAUACAAAAAAGCACAUAUCUAGUAUAGAAUUAUUAUUAAUGUGUUCCCAAUUAAAAAACUGUUCCUAGAUAUUGGUUAUCCUAACACCGGGACAAGUAAUAUAUAUUCCCAAACAUUAUACUAAUAAAAUCAUAAAAGAAACAUCAUUCUAUUAUAGAAAAUAAAAUACGAAAUCUAUUCUAUAUGUAGGUACAAUAAAGAAACAAAAACUCAAUAGAACCAAAAACGUUUAAUAAGAAGGUCGUUUAUAUACCUCAUCGCUCAUAGAAUCAAACGGUCGGUUAGAGUGUAAAGACGUCGUUGUUAUCGUCCGUCUGCAACAAUUUGCUUUGUUUUUUAUUUUAUUAUAAAAUAGUUUUUCUUUUGUAGGCUGGAGAAAAUAGAAUAAAAAUAAAAAAAUAAAAUUCAAUUAAAAAAGUUUUUAUUACAUCUCACUCCAAAAAAAAAAAAAAAAAAAAAAAACAGCAGCACCAGAGACCAAACAACCUUUUUAAGGUUGAAUCAUUGAUUUAAAUUUUAAACGUCCAUAAAACACAAAAAGCCUCAAGAUGCGGUUAUUUCCAGUGCGUUACUCCAAAAUACCAAAAAUGCUCGACAUUUACUCACAGUUUAAUCCAUCACCGCUCUCUAUAAAACAAUUUAUGGAUUUUGGUCAAAAUGCUUGCGAAAAGAAAUCAUUUAUAUUCUUACGUAAAGAACUUCCGGUACGUUUGGCGAAUAUAAUGAAAGAGAUUGCUCUACUGCCCGACAACCUGCUCAAUACACGUUCCGUUAGUCAAGUUAGUUCGUGGUAUGUAAAAAGUUUCGAAGAUGUUUUGGAAUUCGAAAAGGCAGAUCCCACACAUGAGAAUCUACAAGAAUUCUGUCGUUCAUUGGAACACAUACGAAAUCGUCACAAUGAUGUGGUACAAACAAUGGCGCAGGGCGUCAUCGAAAUGAAAGAAACUCAGGGCAACAAUGUUGACUCAUCGAUGGAAACAUCGAUACAAUACUUUUUGGAUCGUCUCUAUAUGUCACGCAUCAGCAUACGCAUGUUAAUCAAUCAGCAUACUCUUCUGUUUGGUCAAUUUACCAGUGAUCAAGGACGUCAUAUAGGUUGUUUGGAUCCUGCCUGCCAAUUAUCAGCCGUUGUUGCUGAUGCCUAUGAAAAUGCACGCUUUCUCUGCGAUCAAUAUUAUUUAACCAGUCCCGAGUUGGAAAUUGUUGAACACGAUCAGGUGUCUGGUGAACCAUUGCCCAUACGUACUGUUUAUGUACCAUCGCAUUUAUAUCAUAUGCUUUUUGAAUUGUUUAAAAAUUCAAUGCGUGCCGUUGUUGAGACGCAUGAUAAUGAAAAUUGUGAUAAAUUACCGCCCAUUAAAGUGUUGAUUGUGCGUGGUAAAGAAGAUAUUUGUGUAAAGAUCUCCGAUCAAGGUGGCGGCAUUCCCCGUUCCCAAAGCGAUCAACUUUUUAAAUACAUGUACAGUACGGCUCCUCAGCCUUCAAAAUCUGAUCUACAUACAGUACCUUUAGCCGGCUAUGGCUAUGGUUUACCCAUAUCACGUUUAUAUGCUCGCUAUUUCCACGGUGAUAUUGUGCUUUUGUCCUGCGAAGGUUAUGGCACAGAAGCUAUUAUUUAUUUGAAGGCAUUAUCUGAUGAAGCCAAUGAAUUGCUACCCAUAUUUAAUAAGACCAGCUCGAAAUUCUAUCGUGCCACAGUACCCACCGGUGAUUGGUCAAAUCAGAGUUCCGAUAUGAGUUCCCGUCAAAUGAAUGCUUCAGCACCCAAACGCUUCAAUGAUUUUCUAUGAAAAAUACUACCACCAUCAAAUGAUUAGCAACAGCGACAUUGACACAGCAGGAGCUUAAAAUCAUCAAAAGGAUUUUAAUUGAAUCGCCCAGAGAGCAGCAACAUUAUCAUCAUACACCAUCGGCUA